GGAACAAAUGCAUCAAAUAAUCUUUUUGGUGACGAACCGUUUGACGUCAAUCAAAAACGAUGAUUCGAAUCUGGAGAGCGAGAGCACCUGCUCCGGGAAAGCAUAAUCGUACCGAUCGCAUCCAGUCUAUUUCGGGGAAUACCCUUCGCGUGGAUCGCAACCGGUUUGUGCCGACGCAGGACGGAAAACAAAUGACUCAUCGCGAAGCAGGUUUGCAGAAGAUGAACUCUUCGGCGGGAUGCGUGGUUUAAUUGGCGAUUGAUAAUGCUUCGGAGGACGCAGCGUUGUAAACAAAAGAUCACAGUUGGGUCGCGAAAUUCUCGGAUCGGUUCGGAGUGGUUCAACCGGUUCGAUGAUAAUCGAAGAUAAAUCGGGUGCGGCCUGAUCGCUGCACGCGUCCCGAAAUUAGUCGUCGUGCUGAAUCAAGCCAGAGCGGACGUUUCUUGGCUACUUGGAACGUGUGUGUCUGAUCUACAAUGGAUGCGAUCAAGGCGAUCGCGGCGGUAUUGUUGUUGGUGGUAGGGAUUGUGGAAGGUCAGGAGACCUUUCAGUGCGGUAUUCCGCGAGCGAGGUCGACAUUUUUGAUUAUUUACGGGGAGAGCGCAAGGCAUGGCCACUGGCCGUGGCACGUGGCUUUGAGGUUGCGGCAACAGGAUGGAUCGGAGAAGUACGCCUGUGGCGGUACACUGAUCAGCAAUAAGUUUGUUUUGACGGCGGCGCAUUGCGUUCUGAGCGAGAACCGGCAUCAGCUGUUGAGGAGCGUGAAGGACGUGACGAUAUGGGCAGGGGUCUUCAAUUUGAAUACUCCGGAGGAAACACUUCAGGAGCGAUCGGUAGCUCGGAUUCACGUCAACGGCUAUACGAGAGAUAACUUGCUGCACGAUAUCGCACUGCUGGAAACGACGAAGCCAUUCCAGUAUUCGGGACACGUGUUACCAGCCUGUUUGAACGAGGAAUCGGGAUUGCAGACCGGUCUUGGCACCGUAGUAGGCUGGGGUGUUACCGAAACCGAUCAAAACUCGCCUAAUCUGAGGAAGCUGGUGAUGCCGGUGGUUGCUGAGUCGGAGUGUCUGAAAAGUGAUCCCGUCGUUUUUGGAAUCGCUUCGCAGAAAGAGCUAUUCUGUGCAGGUUAUGCAAAUGGAUCUGCUCCAUGCAACGGUGACAGCGGUGGAGGACUGAUGGUUCAAAAAGGAGACGCUUGGUAUUUGGCGGGAAUCGUGUCAUUCACCAAAGUUAGGAAAGCUGGUUCAAGUCUUUGUCUAGCCGAAUCGUACACUGCUUUCACCAAUGUCACGGCCUACUGGAACUGGAUCGAAAGCGUUACGAAUAUUGACUUCCGCGGAAAGUUCAACGAAGAACGAGACAUGCCAUGCAAAACCGCCCUCGGUACCAUGGGAAACUGCGUACCACUUCAACAAUGUCGGGACAUUUUCAACAUGAUCCGAGCGCCGAUCGUUGCACAACAAGACGCCUACUACAUAAAUCGAUCCAUUUGCCGAAUUGCCGGAAUCCCUCGAGCUGUUUGCUGUCAGAAACAACACAUCGAAUCCCUACCCUUACACCCGAAUUCACUGCUCCUGCCGAGUGACUGCGGUAGGGCGCGGGUUCGCAGUAGUCCCUCCGCUGGACAAUCCACCCAAGUGUUUGAGUUCCCUUGGAUGGCAAUCGUUCGUUUCAAACCAAAGCGAAACAAGGUUCCCCAUUGUCUGGGAACACUGCUCAACACCAGAUACGUGCUCUCGGUCACCGGUUGCAAGCAGAAGCAGAAGGAGAAUCCAAUUGAUCACGUCCGCUUCGGAGAGCACAGCGAAUCUACGGAAAUCGAUUGCUCCUUCGACGAACGCGGUAGACGAAUGUGCGCUCGGAACGUCCUGGACAUUAAAGUCGAGCGCUUUAUUGAACAUCCGCAGUUUGACGUCCCGAUGUACACGAACGAUCUGGCGAUCAUACGUUUGGCAACCGAUGUCGACUACUCCGAUCAAAUCCGUCCAGUGUGUCUCCCGCUGUACUCCCCGACCCGAUCGAACGUUCCCACCAAUCAGAUCCUCACCGCCUGGGACCUGGACUACAUGACCACCAACAUCUACCGGGGAGAACUUCGCCGCUACCCGGAAAAGCUCGUAGACCUGGACGUAUGCCAGCAGGGUUACGAAAAGGCCGGGUUCACUCCCUCGUUGAACGAGGACCGGAUGUGCGCUCUGCAGCUAGGUCCGGAGUACAACUGCCAGCGGAUGGCCGGGGCACCGAUAGGAACCUACGUUAAUGCGGACGGAACCGACCGGUUCGUGCAGUUUGGAUUGUGGAAGUUUGCACCGCUGAAUUGUACCGUGCGGGAAUCAGUACCGGCUCUGGCGAUGAAUUUGGUGCGGUAUUUGGAUUGGAUUCUGCAGAAUCUGGAACCGUCCGAGAAGAGCAUUAUCAAAGCGUGAUACUGAAAUAUAUAAUUAAGGAUGACGUAAA